AGCAUCACUAUUGUAACUGCAGGACUGCAGCAACAUACAUUCUAAUAGGUUUGAAAGGUAGUCCGUGUCACUGACAGUUGCUGACAGGAAGGUUGUUUGGGUGUUUCAGCACUGGACAGCUCUCCCCGCGUCUCUUCGUCACACGCUUCUGGCACGUGCAUGAUGAGCAUCUCUCAGAGUCGUUGGGGGGGACGCGCAGAGCGCAUGGCGCACUCCCACCACCAUCCUCCCCGCAACUGCUGCCGCUGCCGCUAAAACCUCGAGGGAUGAGCACAUAUGCUGGAAUCCCGGAGUUCCUCCUGGAAGUGUCCAUCGUGGUGAUCGCCGUGGUCUCGCUGCUGACGAACGGGUCAGUGCUGCUAUGCUUCACCCAGAGCGCCGAGCUGAGGUCGCAGGUGCCCGGGCUCUUCAUCCUGAACCUCUCCUUGUCCAACAUCCUCCUCGCCAUCGUCAACAUGCCUGCCACUUUCCUCGGCGUGGCCCAGGGCGCAAAGCCCUUCGGACACUUGUUCUGCCAGGCUGUGAGUUUCGCGGAGACUUUCCUCACCACUAAUGCCAUGUUGAGCAUGGCCGCGCUCAGCGUGGACAGGUGGAUAGCGGUGGUGUUUCCCCUGAGUUACUCCAGCAAGAUGCGCUACAGGGACGCGCUCCUGAUCGUGGCGUACUCGUGGCUGCACUCGCUCGCGUUUUCUCUCACCCAGCUGCUGAUGGACUGGGGGGGAUACAGCCACACUUACGCCUCCUGCACGCUGCACCUGGCCGGGGAGGAGAGGUCGCUGCAGCUCGCCGCCUAUGCGACCUUCACGGUGCUGUUCCACCUCAGCAGCUUCGCGCUCUGCCUCUUCGUCCUGUGCUUCUCCUACCUGAAAGUUCUGAGAGUGGCCAGGUCCCACUGCAAGAGGAUAGAUGUGAUCACAGUGCAGACCCUGCUGCUGCUGGUCGAUAUUGACCCCAGUAUUGCAUUGUGGGCUUUUUGAUGCCAUAAGAAAAAAGGGCUUCCAUGAUUAGGAUUCAGGAUUAACUUAUGCUGCUUGUAUUUCUCCUGCAGGUUGGUGGAGUUGUUGCCCUCCGUGCACAUCCCUCUGUACAUAGGCAUCGCCACUAAAUGUCUGUCCUAUGCCAAGGCCUCCAGUGAUCCAUUUGUCUACUGUCUGCUGCGGCAUCAGUACAGGAAGGUCCUGGUCAGUGUCAUCAGCCGGGUUCUGAGAAAAGAUCGUUACUCGCUGUCUGCCCACAGCAUUAGCAGCACCUUGGACACUGCAGACGAUACCUGCAUUGCCAGGAUUACCUGAGCUCGAUGUGCUAGUUUUUAAGUGAGUAAUUCCCUUCAUCACCUUCUGCAGGAAGGUUCAGAGGUCAGGCACUUUAGAAAGUAGCUGCCCUGCCGAUGGAAAGGUGUCAGUGCCUUGCUCAAGGACACUUUCACCAGAGGGCUUGAACCAUGGGACUGUUCAAGCCAGUGUAGACAGUGGGAGAAGUGUAGUCAGUAAGACCUCUGAUGUUUGCCAAAGGCCCUUCUCAGAGUGUUGUUUCCACAGGGCUUAUCACUUUGCCUGCUGAGGCAUUGCCAAGGAUACAUCACAUGAAAACCACAGCACUGUACCAUCGAUGUAAAUGUGUUUUGUAUUGAUCUUGAAUAUGUCAGGAAGUUGUCUUCAUGUUUCAGUGAAAACUGAAAAAAAAAAUUCUGAUAACUGUGUUGAUGCUAAAUUAAAGAUUGUGCCAUUUUAAACACGUAAAGUGCAAAACAAAGUGUG